CCAAAUGUCUCCACUUUCCUCCACUAAUCCCCCGCCGUGGGAGGUCCUCAACCUCCUUGCUCACCACCUUGACCCCAAAUCCCUGGCCAUAGCUUCUUGUGUCUCCAAGUCUUGGCUCAUUUCCUUCUCCUCUGACCAAAUUUGGCAACCCAUAUGCACCACUCAUUACCCUUCUCUCUCUAACCUCAAACUCACUCAUUUAUCAAUCCCCUAUCACCGCAUCUACGCAGUCGCCUACUCCGCCACCAAACGCCGCCAAAAACCCCCUUCUAGACCUCGUCUUUUCCUCCACGACCUCAUCUUCGCCAUCGACUUACGUACUAAGAACAAUGUCCCACUCCUUACCAUCGCAAAGCCUGUGAAUGAACUUUGUUCUGACGCCAAUGGCGUGUUCAAGUUUGAUGUUAAUGUUGACGAUUGUGAAGGUUUAGAGAUGGUUGAGUUAUCAGAAGAGGUGAAAAUCGCUUGGAAUGUGGUGUUAAAGGGGUGGGGCGGUGCUUUUACGAUGAUGGAUUGCGAAGGGAAGUUAAGUUUUAUUCCAGGAGCUGAAGGGUGGUUCUCGGAGGAGCUGCCGUCGCCAAGGUGCUGUUCGAGUGAUGUGGCAAGUGGGAUUGUGGCAGAUAUGAAGUUAGGGAUUUGUAGCAGAAGAGGAAAUGGUGGGAAAGCAAGGGUUGAGAAAGUGAGCAUAGGAAUGUUGAGUAUUGUAAAUUGGAGAUAUGUUAAUGUUGAUGACGGACUUAGAUACUUGCAACAUUUUCUUUUACCAAACGACGAGUGUUGGUGUCAUGGUGUGUAAAAUAUUUUUGUUUAUCACUUUAAUAAAAAUUUUGUUCCAUAGCUGAAGAAGGUCUUUUAUUGAAGACAUAAUCAGUUCCGUAGUACACUUCAGUCAGCU